ACAUAAUUAGCGGUUUGCAGUUUAUCUCUCUACUCUCUAGUACCAAUUAAACUCGCCGCCGAAGAACGGGAAGAAUUAGCCGGAAGAAAUGGCCUCACUAGGUUUCAACCUCGGCUUCUCACUCUCCAAUUUACAAAUUCAGCACCGUCGAAAAGUUCCUGCAAGUGGAAGCGCUCGCGUUGUCUCCUGUAUCAGCUCGUCUUCUUCUUCUUCUUCUCCUCAAGCACCACCAUCUCCGCCUCCUGAGAUAGAGCUCGAGUUCUUCGCUCCGAAGCCUGGGAGCGACGGGUCGUAUCCGGUGAAUAAAGCGAAGGCUGUGAGUGGUGCGAAGCUUAUGAGAAGCAUUAUGCAAGAUAACAAAAUCGAACUGUAUGCUGCUUACGGUAAAGUGAUGAAUUGUGGAGGUGGAGGAAGCUGUGGAACUUGUAUUGUUGAGAUACUAGAGGGCAGAGAUCUUCUGAACGAGAGAACAGAUACAGAGAACCGGUAUCUCAAAAAGAAGCCGGAAUCUUGGAGACUCGCAUGUCAAACAAUAGUAGGGAACAAAGAAAACUCAGGAAAGGUUGUAGUGCAGCGUAUUCCGCAGUGGAAGAAGUGAAUCAGUGUAAAGGUUACUUGUUCCAUAUUUAUGUGUACAUUAACACACAUCUCUGUAUGUUGAAUGAAACAUUCCGUUUCGUUUAAAUGUAUUUACUCGAGUACUGGACUAUGGUGGUGCCAUGCUAUAUUGAAUUAUUGAUAGUGAAAUAUACGGAUAAACAACUAA